UCAAUGAUGAUGAAUGUUUUCCAGGCCUUAAUUUCAAUAUCUAGGUAGAAAAAUGAUUAGAACGUACUCUUAUCUACCUAGAAAUUGUGUCUGCGUCAGGCUGUAUGUUCUAUCUACAAGGAUCUUCUUAACAUAGCUUCAGAUGCCGCCGCGAAUGAAACCAGAAGCCCUUUGGAAUUGCGAUGCAAAGUCCAUCCAGCAAGAACUGUUGAACAAGACGCCUAAACUGUUUGCUGAAGCCGACAAUGUGGAAAUCUGGAAGACGCCAACAAUCGUUGUCGUUGCUGGAGUUGACUAUAAAGUCGAGCAACGUAAGCUUGGCGAGCAAGAUAUGAAAUUGCUCUGGGACCAUAACCGCCAGUUUCGUGAUAUUUUCUAUGUCAUUGAGCAAGGCAACCUCUGGAACCGACUUCUGGUCACUAAAGAGACAUGGACUAAUCUCACGACAAAACAUAAUGUCUUCCCCUAUUUUACCGAGUCUGUUUGCAAUUCCAGUCCAUGGGAAAAGGAUGACGACAACACAUGGAAUAGUUUUCACUCACGGGACCCAUUGAAUGGGAGUGGCGACCUGGAAACAUGCUAUACUAUCAAGUUCCUUGAACGGAAUCGUAUGGCUGGUGAAACGGAAGAGUCAUGGUCUUUCGGACAAACCGCUGUUUAUCAUCGAAUGCAUUCCCGAAGUUUCUCAUCCGUCUGGUUCUUAGUUAAGCCCUCUCCUGACCUUAAGUCUCGAUUACCAGAAAAGCUUAACGAAUUCUGGUACGAUGAAGAAUUUCGUUAUUCCCGCCAUCCAUUGAUCCACGUCAUGAUACUCUUCGUUUCCCUCCAUGGUUGGCGCGAUUACAUAGCCGCCCAGAAUUCGAAACUCGAGCAGUUUGAAGGAAAAUCGUUCUUCUCGGGGACGGACGCCGUCACCCAAAACGAUUAUAAACUGUGCUUCGAAGAUUUGCAGAGGCUUCAACGACUUCGUCGAGAGUUAUUGAAGGCUACUUCUGUUCUAGAUGCUACUGCGGAACUCAGUCGAAGAAUCCGCAGUAUAAUCCCAAAGAUAGCGGUCCAUAUGAGACGAGAGUUGAUGGCAGCUAUAUUUGAGGAGUUAGAUGACUUCGAUAUAGAAGUAAGAUACAUGAAAAGCUGUAUUCUGGGACUCAGGGAGCGCUCGUCCGACGCAACCAAUCUAUUCAUAAGCAUACUAGAGCAUAUCAAUGGCAAACUAGGCCUCGGGAAUACGGUUGCGAACGAAGCAUCCCAAGCAACAAGCGCCCAGGCUUUGAGUGUCAUGACCGCAAUGGCCGUGAAUGGCCAAAUUGGGCAUGAGCUAGAGAAGGAAACCUCAAACAGGAUUCGCAUCUUGACGAUAGUUGCAUCUCUAUACCUCCCGGUAUUUCUAUUGGCGGGACUGUCUAGUUUGAGUUCUGUCAACUCCGAUUCAAGGACAUUCCUAGAUCCUAGAACUUUCUGGAAGUUCAUAGCUGCACUAGUUACUGUGGUGGCUGUGGUCUGGUCUAUCAUGUUUGUUCUCCAAAAUGUGCCAGCGUAUGAGGAAAGAGACAUAUCGACAAGAAAAAGGAAAUGGGGAAGAGGUUGGAAGGAAUGGGCUAAGGAAUGGGCCAACAUGGCUUGUUUCUCUUAGGCCUUGAAGUUUAGCAUUAAAGAUCCUGCAAUCAAUCCGUUACUAAGUAUUUGCUUGAGGAAAUUUUGCAAUUCGAUAGGUAAAGUUGUAGUCCUCUACAGCUGAGGAUAGCGACCCUUUUUCUAUGCAUAUGCUAGACCUGUGCGCGCAAGAAAAUUUCGUUUCGAAUAAUCCUCAACUCAUUUAGUGGAAGAUCUCUGAAUUAUUCACAUGGCAAGCUAUAAUCAUGCGCAGGAGAAAGUGCUGAUAAUCAUCAUUAAGUAACUAACAAUAGAAAAUUCAAGGCC